CCCUUCUUUUUUCCCAGCCUUUUUCCUCCUCACCUCAUCCAUGGAUUCCCCCAAAAAACAAUCUUUGAUCUGGGUUUUCUUUCUCCAACUUCAUCUUUUUCCUUUCCCUGCUCAUCAUUCUUUUUUCUUUCUCUUAUUCUUUCUCUCUCUCUUCUCCCUUCUUCUUCCUCUCUCAAAACCCAGAUCUGGGUUUUUCUAGAUCUGAGUUUUUCUCGGAUUAUGUUCUAGAUCUGGGUUUUUCUCGGAUUAUGUUGGGUUCUAGACUCAUAAAGCUUUUCGAGCUCCGUAAACUCCGAAUCUUGUACCGGAGCUCAUUUGUUUUUCUUCGUCGCAGAAAGCCCUUUCCGAUGAUGCCCAGACUUGGCUUACAAGUGUCAAGCGGGUGUUUAUUUGAGUUAGAUGUUGAAUGCGCCUUCCUUCCCACAGCAAAUUGUGAAGGUGCCAAUGUGUUUUAGAAGGUAUAUAUUUUGUAUUUUCCUAAACAAUAAUACGGGUUUUCGGGUGUAUUAUUCGGUUGUUCGGUUGUUGGGCUUGGAACCGAAGCCCGCACCGAUUAUAAACGGUUGAUGCGUAA